AUGGAAGAAACCGCCCCCCUCGUUGUUCUUCUCGCGGCACAACGCAUCCCAGCAUCGGACGCAGAUAGCCAGGUCGCCGUCGCUCAUCUCGCCGUCCUCGGUCGCGACCUCCUACCGGUCCGUCAUGUCGGCAACCCGGAGGUUAUGGACCAAGAUCUUUUGAAUCUCAGAUAUAUCAUGGGAGCACUAAUUGGUGUCCGCGAUCUCACGUCGCAGCUCCGUUGGCAGGGUACAUCCGUGGUCAAGGGUCUCCGAGCUUGA